GACAGAGAAUCCUCCACCAUAAGAGUAAUGUCCUGGAGACGGUGGUGCUCAUUAACCCUUCCGAUGAAGCCGUCAGCACUGAGGUCCGUUUAAUGAUCUCCGACACCGCCAGGCACAAACUUCUGGUCCUUUCAGGGCAGUGCUCGGAAAAAACUGGAGAGCUGAUCCUUCAGUCUGGAUCUUUUUCUUUCUGCAAUUUCAUAGACAUAUUCACUGAUCAAGAGAUUGGUGAAUUGCUCAGCACCAUUCAUCCAGCAAACAAAGCCAACCUUACGCUCUCCUGUCCUGAGCAAGGAGACUGGAAAAACUCCAACUUGGACAAACACAACUUGCAAGACUUCAUUAACAUGAAGCUCAACUCCACUCUUAUCCUUCCUGAAAUGGAGGGCCUCUCUGAGUUCACAGAGUAUUUAUCUGAAUCUGUAGAGAUCCCAUCUCCUUUUGACAUGCUAGAACCUCCGACCUCAGGAGGGUUCCUCAAACUCUCCAAACCAUGUUGUUACAUUUUCCCUGGUGGCCGAGGUGACUCUGCUCUCUUUGCUGUGAAUGGUUUCAACAUGCUCGUUAAUGGUGGUUCAGACAGGAAGUCAUGCUUUUGGAAACUGGUGAGACACCUAGACCGAGUGGACUCCAUCCUCCUGACCCACAUUGGUGAUGACAACCUACCAGGCAUCAAUAGCAUGUUGCAGAGGAAGAUUGCAGAGCUGGAGGAGGAGCAAUCACAGGGUUCAACGGCUAACAGUGACUGGGUGAAGAACAUGAUUUCUCCAGAUAUCGGUGUUGUGUUUGUGAAUUUUCCUGAAAGCCUGGAGAACCCUGAACCUAAUUACAGGAUGCGCAGAAAUGUUGAGGAGGCAGCGUUCACUCAACAAUUCCUGCACAAGCUAAAUUUGAGGAUUGAGCCUUUGCAGAAGCCUGUAGGAAACACGAUAGAACCGAUCACACUUUUUCAAAAAAUGGGUGUCGGGAAGCUUGAAAUGUAUGUGCUUAACCCUUCGAAGAACAGCAAGGAGAUGCAGCACUUUAUGAAGCAGUGGACAGGAAGUGAAAAAGACACUACUUCCAUUAUGCUGCCGAAUGGUAAAGAAUCUGAGUUUCCUCUUUCUUACUUGAAUUCUAUCUCUUCGCUCAUUGUGUGGCACCCUGCAAACCACUCAGAUAAGAUUGUGCGAGUUCUUUUUCCUGGAAAUGCCACCCAGGUUCACAUCUUUGAAGGAUUAGAAAAACUAAAACAUUUGGAUUUUUUGAAGCAGGCAGUUGUCACUCAACAAGCCAUGUCUUCUAGUUUGCCGUCAACACCAACACUUAAGCAAGCAAAGAUGAAACACAGAACAGACAGCAAAGAGAGCCUCAAAUCGACCCCAAAGCCAUCACCAAUCAAAACCAUUAAAAAGACUUCAAAAGAGGAAACGUCAGACAAGGCAAAGACAGAUGUCGAAUCAGCUCAGGAGAAAUCAGAAAAGAUAGAGAAAAAAGAAAAGGUUCUCCUGAAAAAGGCAAAAGCGCCCGAGAGAGAAUCCAAAGCUAGAACAGAUCAAACCAGCCAAAACGAAACUCCAGACAAAAAGUCUGAGUCAAAACCCAAAAGUGAAAAGGUUAAAAGGGAAGCCAAAGCAUUGGUGGAGAAGAAAAAGGAAGUUAAAAAAGAAGUAGCAAAAAAUGACCUCUCCAAAAACGAAGGUCAAAAGGAAGAGAAAGUAAAGAAAGAUGAAGCAAAAAAAGCUUUGAAAAAGGAUAUCAGAAGAGAUUCACCUAUGAAAGAGAAGAAGGAAGAAAAGAAGGAGCAAAGGAAAGAUGUUAAAAGGCCCUCUAAGGACAUUAAAAAGAACACCGCCGCAGGUGAAGAAAAAAAUCUUAAACCAAAGCCACUGAAAAAAGACGACUCCUCGAAGAAAGAUUCAGGAGUUCCAUCGAAAUUAAAAGAUAAAGGAAAGUCAAAAGUGGCAAAGAAAGAGACAAAAGCAGAUAGCAAACAGACAACUAGUGCUGUUACUGUUGCACAGGAUCUAGAAGCAGAGAGAUCUUUGAUGUCCUCACCAGAGGACCUCACUACAGACUUUGAGCAGCUUAAAGCUGAAGAGUUGGUUGAGGGUGAGGCAAGUCCACAACUAAAUGAGCAAAGAGAGGCAUCAGUGAUCCAGCAUGAGGAAAUAAUACAGAUUAGAGACUCACCGGAAGGUGUAGAGUCUGUGGAUGAGGGUAUAACAACAACAGAAGCAGAAGGAGACAAUGAAGAUACUCCAGAAGAACAAAUAAUUCAGGAAAAACUUAAUGAUAGCAUUGGUGAGAAGUUUGAAGAUGAGGGCACUGUGUUGGAAGAGACAUCUGAGGGAGGGGAUUAUGAAGAGAAGGGAGAGACAGAGGAGGUCUAUGAACCACAAAACGUGAAAGCAGACCAGGAGAGUGAUCUUACUCACAGCACGAAUGAGCACCAAGUCAACCAAGAUGACAUAAAACAAACCAAUAAUGUGAAACACGAUGAUGGAAUGACAGAUACAAAAUUAGAAGAGGAGCUUGUAAGUCAUAAAGAAAUAGAAAAGCAGAAUAUUAUAAAACCAACCUCACCUAAGGUGUCUUCACCAGUUUCUCCUGCUGCAUCUAUCCAUGAUGAGAUGCCUCCAGCUGGCUUUGAGAGUUUCACAACCUCAGAUGAUGAGAAUAGAGGUGAAGCCCCUGAGGAGUGCAUAGUCACUUCUUGUCACUCCCAUUCGACUUUUGAAAUCUCUAAUGUGCCUACUCCAGUGGAUGAGAUGUUGACUCCUAGGAACAUUGUGAGCAAUGAAGCCAAUGACGAGACAGUAUCUCCUUCAGAGGAUGUUGGCAGACUUGAGCUAUCCACAUCGGGAGAAUUUGAUAAGAAGCUCUCUCCACCUCAGGAUCUGCUAGGGUCAAGUCACUCAGAGAGUGAAGCCACAGUAGGCCAGAACUACAAUCAUUCUGCUUCUACAGUAUCACCCCCUUCACCAUUAGAAGAGGAUAAAUUUUGUAAGGAGUUUCCCUCUACAGGAAAAACUGAGGAAUUUGCCACUGCUCAAGAAUCACAUAACAUAUUUGACGCUAACUCAGCCAAACUCAAUUCAAGCUCUAUAUCACCUCUUGUUUGUUCUCCCUCAAUGGAAUCUAAGGAUACUUGUGAUUUUCCAUCAAUGUUGGCUGCUCCAAUAGAAUUGUCAUCUACAUUGGCUAGUUGCACACUAGUAACAACUGAUUCUACUAAGAGCCCAGAUGACACACCACUUGAAGAAGCUAAUUUACUUCAGUCCUCUGGUCACACACCUUACUAUCAGUCACCAGAGGAAGAGAAAACUGAAGCCCUCUCAACUCUGUCAGUAGAUAAGCCACAGGGUCCAGUCAUUGUGGAGGUUAGUGAUAAAGAAGAUUCUAUUGACAGAUUUACCCCUGAGCCAAAUGAACCAGAACUACAACAUUGUUCCCCAGUAGAGAAUGCAGUUUCCCCUGCAAAGAGCCCACCACCUGACCAUGAGUCCUCAGUGAAAAAUGCAUCACCCUUUGAUAUGGAAUCCAAGAAACCUAUUGAAGAUAUCUAUUCAGUGUUGUCCUCAGCUUCGUUGACCAAGCAUGAAUCUAACACCAGUCCUUUAGCAGGUUUUAAAGAAGAGAGUAAAGUGUCUAUUUCUGAGGGCACCACAUCAGACAAGUCUGGAACACCAUUGGAUGAAGUUGUCACUGAAGAUAUCUUUUUACAUCUAGCCUCAGCAUCUACAGCAUCCUUGGCCACCAGCUCAUUUCCAGAACCAACAACUGGAUCUUCCCUUCAUGCUGAGGUGGGCUCUCCUCACUCAACUGAGGUAGAUGACUCAUUGUCUGUCUCUGUGGUUCAGACACCAACCACCUUCCAGGAGGCUGAGGGCUCUCCGACUAAAGAAGACAGUCCAAGGCCAAUGUCUAUUUCCCCAGAAAUCUCACCUAAGACAAAGAACAACACACAUGAUACUAAAUCUCCAGAUCAUUCUGCCAUGUCUGUAGAGUUAGGCCAAGAUUCCCCAGACCAUUCCUUAGCACUGGACUUCAGCAAGCAAUCUCCAGAGCACCAGUCACUGGGCAGCAGCUCAUGUACAGCAGAAAAUGGACCCAUUGAGGUUGACUACAGUCCUUCAGACAGAACAGACAUAAGAGCAUCAAGAGAGCCAAAACCUGCUGUAGAAAAUUGUUUGCUUUUUGAAGAGAAUGAUUUAGUCCAUUCCACUUCUGCAACUCCAUCGGAUGCAUCUCAGUCCACACCUUCCGUUACAACCCCAUGUCAAAUGACAGAGAUGCCACAUGCUGUAGCGGAACAGACAGAUACGUUGCCAGUCACCCCAAAGGCAUCAUCUCUCAGCCUCUCUCCCCAUUCCAAUGAGCCAUCUCCAGUUCUAGGAGGCCCUCCAGCCAAAGACAGUACCAGCCCAAUCUCACAGUGUGCAAGCAUCACUAAAUCUGAUUCACAACAGAAAUAUGACAAGUCACCCACACCCCCUCAAGCAUCUUCACCAUCUGCUUAUUUUAAUAUUUCAAAGAAAAGCACACCUUCCCCUGAAAAGGAGACAAAUCAUUUUAAAUGUGAGGAUUUUAUACCUGAGAAAAAAUCUCCUGUGAGUCCUAAACUUCCUUCCCCCUCACAAUUGCAUCUCUCUUCUGAUCAAUACAAUUACAAUUCUCCCUGUGGCUCAAAGGAACCAGACAACACAAAGAAGAGUCCCUGUGCUGCAUCUAAGACAGAUGUUGACCUAUGUCUUGUCCCCUCUUGUGAGUAUCGUCACCCCAAGACUGAAUUAUCGCCAUCUUUCAUUAAUCCUAACCCUCUAGAAUAUUUUAUCAAUGAAGAAAAUGCCACUAAUGAGGAGAAGCCUCUGGCCAAGUCUGGGGGAGGCUCCCCACCCCCAGCAGGGAAGCUUUCUGCCAAACAAUGUGAGGAUACCCCACCCACAUCCAUCAGUGAGUCUGCCCCCUCGCAAACAGACUCAGAUGUACCACCAGGGACUGAAGAGUGCCCCUCCAUCACAGCAGAUGCAAACAUUGACUCUGAAGAUGACUCUGAGACUCUGCCUACUGACAGAACUCUAACCUACAGGCAGGUUGAUCCUCCUCCAGUGGCACUCAGGGACUCUGCUCCGAUUUCAGGCAACCAUGAUGUUUGUAUGGUGGACCCAGAAGCACUAAAGGCAGAGGAGAACCUUCACAAUGCUAAUACAAAUGGAGGAGACAAGUCUAGUAAGAAAAAGCUCUCAAAAAAGUCCUCAUCACCAGCUAGGAAGAGUGGUCUUUCAAAAAUCAAGGACUCAAAGACAGCUUCUCCAAAGAAGGGGGUUGGAGAAGGAAAAGAUGCCAAAAAUGCGACUAAUACCUCUGCAUCUAAAGGUGUUAAAAGUACAGGAAAUGCAAAAGCAUUGUCUCUGUCAAACUGCCCUCCUACAUAUAUGGAUUUGGUUUACAUACCUAAUCACUGCAGUGCCAAAAAUGUGGAUGCUGAGUUUUUCAAGCGUGUCCGGUCCUCUUACUAUGUGGUCAGUGGCAAUGACCUGACAGCUCAGGAACCUAGCCGGGCUGUCCUUGAUGCUUUACUUGAAGGAAAGGCCCAGUGGGGAAACAACAUGCAAGUUACUUUAAUUCCAACCCAUGACACGGAUGUAAUGAGGGAAUGGUACCAGGAGACUCACGACAAGCAGCAGGAGCUGAACAUCAUGGUCCUGGCAAGCAGCAGCACAGUUGUCAUGCAGGACGAGUCCUUUCCAGCUUGUAAGAUUGAGCUGUAGCACAUUUCUGCAAGACAUCUGGAAGGAUUGUUCUGUGCCCACAAAACAAACCACGUAGCAUAAAAGCCUAGAAACCAUAAAGUUAAAUAAGACAACUAGAGGGUGCAUUGGUCAUGUGAAGUUGUGAUUCACUGGAGGGACAGGAGCCAUAACCACAGAGGGCAAACAUCUGGACUGAGCAUUAUUGUAGAUGUUGGCAAAAUGGCCAGCAUUAAUGGCUGAUUAUUUAAAAGUUGUAGAAAUAAAAAUAUUAAUGAUAAUAUUAAUAUAAUAUUAGAUAUAAAAACGUAAAAAUGCAAAAAAGUUGUCUGUGUGCUACAGUUGUACCAACCAAAAAGAAAAGGGAAAACGUGUUUCAUUUCACAAAUAAGCAGAUUUUAUCUUUGAGUUGACCUCAAUGUGACCAUAAUUGAAGCUAAUAC